AUGUCUUCUUCUAGUCUUCUGAUUCACUUCAUCAUCUUGUUCUCCGUUUUUGAAUAUGGUAUGCAUACAAAUCGAGUCAUCUGUAAAACGACUACACUUUCCAGUGACUUGUGUGAAUUGCCGUCAGGACAAGGAUACUGGUGUGAAUUGCAACAAUCAACCGAUCACGCUCAAGUUUUAUUUUGAUGUCCGAACAAGUUUGUCCGCCGUUUUCCGCUCAUUUUAGCACAUGCACUCUGCAAUUUUUCAGAUGUCUGUCAGCCACUCUUCUACCGUGGAUGCGCUGGAAAUGAGAAUCGAUUCGAGAGCAGGGAGGCUUGUUCCGAGGCGUGUGUUCCGAAAAAUCUGAAGAAAUCGAAGAAAGACGGAAAAGUGAAGGAAGAGAACGAGGAGGAAAGCGAAGAGGAAGAGGAAGAUCAAGUGGAGAACAAGGAUAUGAGUUUGGUUGGUUAGUCUAUCCAACUUUUGAGCGAUUGCAUUUAUUUAGCAUCCUAAACUUUCAGUAAACAUGUGCAAACUGCCCACCGACGCGAAAAUCGCCGCAAAAGUUCAAAAGUGUGACAAUGGCUGUCCAACCGGCUACCGAUGCACCAAGAAGAACUUCUGUUGCCCAUCGAAAGAGCAUUUGUGCGCAUUGCCAGUGUCUUCCGGCGCCGAGCGUCUAGCCUUCAAGCAUUACGGUAGAUAUGCGUAUCAACCGGGCCUUCACAACUGCAUCCGAUUCUCGUAUUUUGGCCAAGACGGGAACUAUAACAACUUUUUGACGUACAAUGCUUGUAAAAAGUUCUGUAUGCAUAACGAAUAA